AUGGCUUCGGAAAGCAUGAAAAACAUGAGGCCUGAAAACUUGAGAAAUGCUGCAGAACUCGUCCAGAGGAAAUGGCUGAGAUUGGUGAGAAGAUGGCCAAUGCAACAGCUGAAGAGAGGUGCUAAGCAAAGAUUGACGGAAGAAGGUAGUGAGCUUGCUUCGAGAGUUAUUGAAGAAAUAACAGAUGAAGUCCAGACUGCUUCAUCUGAGAAUUGUGAAAGUUCACCUACGGAACAUCCUGGUUCCAUGUAUUUUAGAGGGAAAAAAGAUGUCCCUCUAAAAUAUAUUCAGUACGAUGGACAACCAUGUUUGGUGACCCUCUCUCUAUGUCUGCUUAGUGGUGGAAAAGCUGAAGGGAUAUCUCCUGAUAUGGUGAAGACUGCCUCAAAUAUGAUUAGUAAGAUGUCACCUGAAGAACUUCAAAGAAUGGUACAAAUGGCUUCCUCUUUUGAAGGGGAAAACCCACAUUUGAAGAGAAGUUCCAUAGGCUCUAAUUUUGACAGCUUUAGUCCUGGUUCGGUUCCACCAGAUGUGACACCUGACAUGCUUCAACCGCAACUGAUAUGA